UCAUGGCUGUUCGGACCUUAUAAUCCGUCAGUUCGUGUAGGAAACUGGAGCGAAGACAUUCAGUUAGAGGAGGACACCUUAAAGAACUUCUUAUACAAGAGAGAAAGAGGGGAACUUUUGAUUCAAAAAACAUAUAACCUAUUCAGCACCAUGUUAAAAAAGGUUGAGCUCUCAGUCACUCAAGAUUUUGCUGUCCACUUUGGUGACCAAGUAAUGCUGCAAUGUGCUGGUGACAAGGACCGCACUCAGUAUUUUAUCAACCAGAUUCCACGAAAUGACUGUGUUGUUGCACUCAAUGUUUCAGAUCCUAAUGUACUUUUCCAAGUACAAAUCACUGGAAAAGCUUCUGUCACAGGCAGCCAGACUAUUGAACCUAAUCAACGGACAGUUUUCAGCAUUGAAAGUGUUGGUGGGGGUCAGCUUGGUGCCAAACUGCGGUAUGGACAACCAUUUUAUCUUCGAACUGUGGGCGAACAUUCAGGAAAUUUAUACCUGUUUUCAGACAAACUCAGCUUCAAAACUGAAAAUAAAUCUCGCCACCAGGAGCUAUUACUUGUUCCAGAACCCAGUUUUCUGACACAGUGGAUGUGCCUUUACCGCAACCCUUUACUUCGACUGGAAUAUGAGCAUGAACCAGUGAUGGCCAAUGACGAGCUGAUUAUAGUGCACUGUAAGACAAAUCAGGCCCUUGCUGUAGAAGGGAAAUAUCUUUCAAGGACCCCUUUUGGAAGGGAAUAUGAACUCGCAGUUUGGACAUAUCUAAACUCUCAUAAAGCAGAGGAACCACAGAAUCACUGGAUGAUAGUCAUGUCUGUGCCUGGCAGCACUGUGCGUCCAGUUCCAGAUCAAGGAAAGCUGCAUGAGACAGUUUCAUGAAUUUCAUGCACAUGGGUGAUGCACUCAAGGCAGGAAAAAAUAAGAAAAUAUAAUGUCAGUUUUAAAGUGCAACUCUGUUGUGAAACUAAUUAGUCACUCUGUUGCAUUUCAUACACUACUUAAAAGUCUGCAAUAUACAUGAUGCCACCCCUACUACAAUCCCUAUGUGAGAUUUCAUGGAAAAAAAUAAUAAGAACAAAAAUGUUGCAUUACUGUAGAGAACAGCACAUGUUAGUGUAUUUGAAUGCAUGUAUGUAACAGAAAAGAAACAGAUGACAUUUAAAAAUAUUUUGAGUAUACAACAUGUAAGAAUGCAUUAGGGUGUAUGCUAUAUUAUAGCAGUUUAUCUGCACAUCCAAAUAAUGGAAAGCUGACAUUUUUUUUCUGAGCACUUAUAGAAACACCAAUAUUACUUUUUCAACAAUUUAUUCAAUGUAUUUAUCAAUAAUACAGCGUUCAGUUAAAAAAAUAUCUUUAAUAAAUCAUUUUACUUCUCUUGAUACUUUACAUUUUGUGGUAGCCGGCAAAUGUUUUAUUGUUGCCAACAUCAUGUUUGUAUGAAACAUGCUGCAAUAGAUUUUUCUUACAUUUGUUAAGAUACUACCUUAACACUAUUGAUGAAGGAUUGGCGUGAAUUGAUGGCCUCGCUGUCCCCCCAUCCACACACAGAACAUGUACAUUCCAGAAGCAUAUAUACAUAUUGCAUGAGGUCCAAAUUUGAAAGACACCUAGAAAACUGUACACAACUCAACUCACACUUUCAUACAUUUAUGCAGAGGGUUUGAAUUAUGCUUGUACUGUAUGUACUAAAUAAACACUACCCUUUGGUG